CGCUGGUAAUGCAAUCACAGAACGGCGCUGUCGCUCGCUGUUGAUGCCGCUUGCAAUAGUAGUGUGCCGAUCGGAGAAUCCUGCAACUCAUCCGUCUGGUGUGGUUGGUUGACAGGAAGGAUAUAUCGGCGGAACCAGUCACUUCUUGUCCCUCUGUAUCUGUUUAUCUACAUAGGCAGAUGCCGGGUUUGGCCCUUGUUCCUCUUUUGACUCAUAGAUGCUGCACUGCCCUGUACACCAUACAGGCGGUUCGGCUCACCCGCAUCCGAUCCCGUAUUAUUGGUUCCCACGAAUUUCUUGCAUUAACUCUUUCUAACUGCCACAAGCGAAGCGGAACGCGGUUCAUCAGUGCCGGCUUGCAGCGUUUGCCGCCGCGUGUUAUUUGUAUAUGUUGGCAGGCAUUUAUCAAAUGUCCAGAACGAUACAUAUUAUGCUAAGUAUGUUGCCAGUGUCUUAUUAUACAAAUCAUAUUAUUCUGUCAUCUGGAUUACGCUGCCAGCUCUAUCCAAUCCCAUGAAUAUCUUACGGUUAGCCGAGGUCAUAAGCGCAUUGUUUCGACAUUCAUCGUUUACCGCUAGCGGGCAUGUUGUGUGUCAACAACGUUGUGCUUAAUGUAUUCACCCCUGUACGGAUUGCAAAUUAUUGGGACUAUUCUGGCGCUAGUGCACCGUGAAUGAAUGACCAUUUUGUUUCAUAUGUCAUUACUGUUUCCGGUGGGAGCUGAUACAGAUGGAUAUGUUUUAUUGGUCGGUCUGCGUUGGCCUAUCAAUUUCCCUGCAUAGAGAUAUCGGAAGGAUUACUCCAUGAAUGAUGCUUUGUGACUACCGAGAUAUCGAUACGUCCCGCUUUAAUCUCCGCUGACGUGACAGGAGCUAUCUGUAAUAAUCAUGUGAAAUGAACUUGGUAAUACCGGCUAAAUGCGGAAUGAACGACCGACAAUACACGACGAUGUGUCAUAAUACCAACAGGAAAUAUCAACAGCGCAUGAAUGAUUCCUUGUUACAUAUCCCAAGCGUUGAUAAAAUCCCUAACAGCAGCCAAACCGGAAGUGGUUAGAUUGUGGGAUAAAGCUAGCUGUUAUAGGGGGGACGCUCCAGUUUCUAGUGUUUAAAAUACUCAUUGAGCAUAUAUAUCAAGUCUUGAAGCCGGGACACUAGUUCGCCGGUCCGGACCUUGCGCGUGUGAUCAUCCAAGUGAGGAUUCUCCUUCCGUGGGAGCCGAUCAUAGGAGGCAAAUUGUUUAUGAUUAUUGGUUGCUGUGAGCUGGGUGACAAUUUAACCGGCCCCAGACAACACCUUUUGCCGCUCUGUUUGCCGGCUUGGUUAUACAUAUUAUUAGAUCAUACGCUGCUUAAUCUAAACAAACCGGUCCAGUACACACACAACAACGCAGACGUGGCUGGGGCGGAAUCACCGGAAAGGCGAAACGGGAAGCGGACUAAUGGCAGGGCCAGCGUCACACUAGUAAGGUUUGUAUGAUAAAUCUUGGCCCGACGAACGGAGAGAAGCAGCUCGUCUGCCGGCUGAACUGCAUUGUGCAGUUUGUGGCACAUAUCCAGCCGAACUAACCAUCUAAAUCGUCAUAUAUAUACACACACUCUGUCAUAUAUGCGGUCCAGAAAGAUGACGACAGCUGCGGAGAUUGAGCCCACAAUUGGGAUUGGUGAUGAAUUCUGCCGGCAAGAUGCAGCCACCGCCGCGGCUGCUGCUGCGGCAGCCGCCGAUACUGAAUCCGAUCUGCAGCCGGCAGCACUUUUCGUGCAGGCCAACAUUAGACGAGAACCCCAGCUAACGCCGGAUGAGAAGCAGUUUCUAUUGUUUGUCGAGCGCGGGGAUAUGGCCAAGACGCGGCGUAAAUUGCCGCGCUUACCGGGCGACGAACCGUUCGAGGAUGAUGACGCUAAUCCCAAUCUGCCACCUAUCCCGCGGAUUCCCAUAAACAUCAACUGCACCGAUCCGCUGGGACGCACGGCCCUACACAUCGCGAUUGAAAACGAAAACAUCGAGAUGGUUGAAUUGCUCCUGCAGCACAACGCUGAAGUGGGCGACUCUCUGCUGCACGCUAUCAACGAGGAAAAUGUUGAGGCAGUUGAACUUAUUCUUUUGCACGAGGAAAAUCGUGGAAAACCAUUGGAUAAAUGGCAUGAAUUACGUGUCCAGGCUGGAAAUUACGAGUCGUCGAGUUUUCCUCCCGAUGUUACCCCUUUGAUGCUUGCCGCCCACCGUGACAAUUACGAAAUCAUUAAAAUCCUCCUUGACCGCGGCGCACGCAUUCCUCAGCCGCAUGAUUCCCGUUGCGCAUGCAAUGAGUGCAUUACUAGCCGGUCGACGGAUAGUCUCCGGCAUUCUCAUUCGCGGAUCCAUGCCUAUCGUGCCUUGGCGAGUCCCUCCCUUAUUGCCUUAUCGAGUAAAGAUCCAAUCCUCACAGCCUUUCAAUUAUCCUGGGAGCUCCGUGGGCUCAGCAAUCGGGAAAAUGAGUUUAAACAAGAUUACAUCGAGCUUUCUAAACAAUGCGAGGAUUUUGCUACGGCACUGCUGAACCAAGUGCGCAGUUCCGAUGAGCUGGAAAUUGUGCUCAACCACGAUGCCGGGAAUGCUGGACUGGAAUCCGGCAAACGCAUGAACCUCAGUCGGCUCAAAAUGGCUAUCAGAUGCAAACAGAAAAAGUUUGUGGCCCAUCCUAACUGCCAGCAACUACUUGCUUCCAUUUUUUACGAAGGGUUACCGGGUUUCCGUCGGGCAAAUAUUUGUGUAAAGAGCCUGCUGGUCGUUUGUAUUGGACUCAUGUUUCCAGUUUUUUCCGUUCUGUACCUGAUUGCUCCAAAAAGCCGGAUUGGCGGCAUGAUGCGACAGCCGUUUAUCAAAUUUCUGUGCCACAGUGCGUCGUACAUCUGCUUCCUAGGUUUGCUCAUCCUUGCCUCUCAAAGAAUCGAGUCCUUAAUAGAUACGGGUGAUAAAAGUGUGACGGGAAAUAACAGUACAGCUACGAAGAACGAGCGGCGGGGUCCACCGCCAACAUUUGUCGAGGCUAUGAUCGUCAUAUGGGUGGCUGGGUUGAUAUGGGUGGAAGUAAAACAAUUAUGGGAUGUGGGAAUUUAUGAAUAUUUGCACGAUAUGUGGAAUUUUUUGGAUUUUGUUACCAAUUCACUUUACGUCGCUGUGAUCGCUCUGCGGAUAGUCGCUUAUUUACAGGUGCAACACGAGAAAUCUACCGGCAAUAAUGCAGCUUUUUUGGAACGCAAACGAUGGGAUGCGUAUGAUCCUACUCUGAUAUCUGAGGGCCUUUUUGCUGCUGCCAAUAUUUUUUCCUCACUGAGACUCGUGUACAUCUUCAGCAUAAAUCCCCAUUUGGGUCCGCUACAAAUUUCCCUGGGACGAAUGGUUGUGGAUAUAAUGAAAUUCUUCUUUUUUAUAUCUUUGGUGUUAUUUUCGUUUACGUGCGGAUUAAACCAGUUAAUGUGGUACUAUGCCGACAUGCGGGCGCAAGAGUGUAAUCAGUUUCGCAAAGAAGGACGCCCUGAGCUGGAGUCAUCGUGCCAGCCCAGAUAUAAAAGCUUCUCCAACUUGUGGGAAACACUUCAGACGCUAAUCUGGGCUAUAUUCGGGCUGAUCGAUUUGGACCAUUUGGAUCUGAAAGAGGACCACAGUUACACUGAGUUUGUCGGCCGGCUAAUGUUUGGAACAUACAGUGUCAUCAGUAUUAUUGUGCUGCUUAAUAUGCUCAUUGCCAUGAUGUCGAAUUCAUACCAGCUGAUUUCGAACCAAUCAGAUACGGAAUGGAAGUUUGCACGGAGUAAAUUAUGGAUGAGUUAUUUCGAAGAGGGAAGCACACUGCCGACGCCAUUCAAUAUCAUUCCCAGUCCAAAAAGUGCCUUUUAUGUGAUCAGAUGGGCUUUCAGGAAAAUAGGCGCCUGCUGUGGUAAAUUCCUUCAGAGAAAAUGGAGCAGCACCAAGAUGAUUAAGAAAAUCACCCAACGGGAAGCGAAGUAUCAAGCUGUCGUGCGUAAUCUGGUCAAACGUUAUGUAACGAACAUGCAGCGCACCCAGCAAGCCGAAGGUGUCAGCGAGGACGAUGUCAACGAAAUUAAACAAGACAUCUCUUCAUUCCGCUACGAACUCUUGCAUAUUUUACAACAAAGCGGCAUGAAUACUUCCUCGGCUACCAACAAAAAAGGUGUUCGGGCUAGCCGAAAGCAGAACCGACAAGAAAGGCGCCUCAUGAAAGGUUUCCAAAUUCAACCGUCCAUUCCAGAAUUUGAAAUGAGCCCUUCUUCAUCGCUACCAAACUUACUGGACGACGGGAAUGAUAGCCCCGCGGAUUACAGCAACUCCCCGGGUAAUAAACGAUCUCCUAUGAACCGACUGAAAAUAUCCAAGUUUCGCUUCAACGUCCCCCGCGGUCCCACUCAAGCAUCGCGGCAAUGGGAUCUCCUGCUGCGAGCUGCCAAGAAACGGAAGGAAAACCCUAACCCUCAACUGGGUAACCACACCGACAGCAGCCCGCCCAGCACCAACGCCGGUCAAACGUUAGCCAAUCGACAAACAGUUAUCGAUGUCAAAUCGCCCACUCCGCCUUCCGGUCCGACGACGCCCUUGGCAGCACCUCUGGCGGUUCAAGAAGGAUCAGCAGUGAAGCUCGAUCCACUGCGCGCAUUUCACAAACCGUACUUUAAAUGGAAAAGCUCUCCCAGUUCGUCCACCGAAGACCAGUCCACUUUGGGUGGUUCCAGUCUGGUCCCGCCCACCUCAUUUGGUAGUCCCGCUACGGCCGAUAGUAUAGCAUCGCUAAUUUACCAGACCCGAGAGCUGUCACCACUAUUCACUCAUUCAUUGGUUAACGAAACCGUAUCGGCUCCUACCACCCGCACAACACCUGUACUGAGUUCCCAAAUGCCAACAAGCAGCUCAGUGCCUGGUGAAGGCAGUAAAAGAAAGGAUAUACCUCAGCCAUACUUGAGCUCUAUCACCAUGCUAUGAACGAGCAAUCGGUAUCCUGUAAAAUCCUUAAAAAAAAUACCUGGCAAAAAAUGGUAGCCGAAUUCCGGGAUAGUAAUAUGACCGUAAGAAAACGUACCAAGUGCUCUGUUCUUUGGGCGGAGCAUGCGGUAAUUAUGAACGGAGUUUUGAUACCGGGUAUUUCCAGGUACGGUAACAUGCCACAGUGGCUUUCUCAAUUUGCUCUUUCCGCUCUGUUUGCAGAGAUAUCGAGAUUCUGAAUAAUUCGUGUGUACGUGUCUACACUCUCCUGAUCUGGUGUAAAAAUGGUGAAUGUAUUGUAAAAUUACGCUUAUUAUCUAAUUUUGUAGUUUUAUGUUUCUUUUAAUAACUGUGAAGUGUUGAAUACAACCGACACAAUGUGAUUUUGCACAUCCGGUGCUCUCAAACAAAUAUUGUGGCUUCCAGCUGUGUUUUCUGACUGGCAUAAUUUGCAGACUAAUAAGAGUUUUUAUUAGUAAUUCUGAUGAUUUGAUAAUAAUCAGUAAACGCGAAAU